AUGUCAGAGAACACCGUACGACUUGGCAGAUACGAAUUGCUAAAGUACUCUUUGGGAUCUCUUUUAAGUUGUACCGACGUAGCAACGGACAUAUUGACGGCUACAAUCUACUUUCAGCAGCAACACUAUGUCUGGUUCGGUUUUUGCCUUCUUUUUGCAGUACUACCAUCAUUUCUACUAACACUGGCUUACUUAAUACAAAGGCUAGAUAGACGAGAAACAUUUUGCACAGUGCUGAAACGGCUUUUGUUCUUUACCAACCCAUGCGGAUCGGGGAUUUUAAAGAUCAAGCUGCUACUUUUUUGUUUACGUAACUAUGAUCAAGUUUAUAACUCCGAGGGAUUCGUCGUCGACGAUGAGCAAAUCCGGCAGGAUUAUAGAGCGGAGAAAGUUUACCAUUACAUAGAAGGACUGUUGGAAAACAUGCCUCAGAUAAUUCUUCAGCUUUAUGUUACAGUAGUCCAGGAUGAAACGAUCUCAGCUUUACAGAUCUUUUCUAUUUCCGCCACUUUUUUAAACCUAGUUUGGGUUCUCACGUUGUUCGAAUACAGUAGCUUUGUUAAGGAAGCAACAAUCGGGCGUUUUGUCACCAUCAUCCUUUAUAACACCUGCCUGGUUGCUGCCCGUGGGCUGUCGAUCGUAUUCUUUCUCGUGGCUUUUAAGUGGAUUACCUCAGCUGUGCUAGCGUUUCAUGGAUUUGUUUGCAUAUCUAUCUACUUGUACAGAAAUCACGAAUACUUCACCGAGAACGAAGUAUGGUGGAUAGCCUUUCUCCUAAUGCCAUGUUAUAUAUUUGUCUACCUCGGAUUCAAAGUGAAAGAACUAAACUCCAAGCUGUUCGACAUAAAACUAGGCAGAUCCAUUAUGUCUUCAGGUCUUUUUUACGCGUGUUUCACAGCUGAAAAUAUUUUCAUGAUUGUGAUGUUUUUCACUUGGUCAAAAACAAGUGAUCUACAGUGGAGACGGUGGAUUACGAAUAUCAUCACUGCAUCUGUCAUAUUGUUGUCCUUUAUCGGCACACUUAUACAUCUGAUUUUUACUCAUAGAUUUUUUAGCAAACCACGUAGGGUAAUGCCGACUUAUGCAGCGGAAAGUGUAGAGGUAUAUCAAGACGGAACUAUGCAGUCACGAUCAGAUUUAACGCCGAGCGACCUUGGAAAAGGCUUUUCACUCCAGGAAUAA